CCGGAAGAUAGGUUUGUUUAUCAUCGUGGAUUUCCUUGGAAAUAAACAUUUACUAUCACAGAAGUAAAACUAUUCAAAUUUGAAAAUGGGUAGAAGGAAGAAGGCAUCCAAACCCCCACCAAAGAAGAAGGCUAUUCAGCCUCUUGACACCCUCUUCAACUGUCCAUUUUGUAACCACGAGAAAUCAUGUGAAGUAAAACUUGAUCGGCAGAGGAAUACUGGUGUGAUCAAGUGUGGUGUAUGCUUAGAAGAUUACCAGACAACUAUCAACUAUCUGUCAGAAGCUAUUGAUGUGUACAGUGACUGGAUAGAUGCUUGUGAGGCAGCCAAUCAAUAGCAUUGUGUUCUGGUGGCACCAGGUGUCAUCAGGUACUGGGGCUCUCCAGACAACUUUACCACACUUGUGAAAUGGACAUGUUGAAAGUGACGGUUUAGCUCACUGAGAUACUAAACAAAACUGCCAUUAUGAAGAAGCUAGUGCAAUGGUGUAAAUCGGGAUAUAAUUUCCUGAUGUUUUCCUGUGUUUUGAACAUGUGAAAUGCAUAUAUGUAAAUGUGUGCAUCUUCAGUAACAAUGCCACCUUCAUUUCAAAGUUUGUAAUGAUCAGUUUGCAUUCAAUUGGGUAGGUAUGUAUUGUGUACAACAAGCAUACAGAUACUUUGGGGAAUUGGUGUCAUGUGCCUACAUGGUUAAGAAAGCCAAAUAUAGGUAACUUUGUACUUAUAAUCUAUGGAAUGAAUGUAUUUUCAGAUAAGAUAAUGCCACAUUAGUGUCAUUUAAAAUGUCAAGGUUCCAAUUUUGGUUGAACUGUUGAAACCAAGAGUGUGAAUUGACUUGAUUACAGUCGUAAUAUUCCUGAUAUGUUUUACAAUGAUCUCUUUCAUUUAGCUCUACUCUCUGUCUUCAUCAUAAGGAUGUCUGCUGGUAUGUCUACUGGGCACCUCUGUUGUGUGUGGGGAGUUGACAUUUUCAACCCAUCAAACACCAGGAUAUAGUGCUGAAGUCAAGAAACUAAGAAUAUUAGGAUGAAACAAUACAGCAAGGUCACAAUACACAUUGGUACAUAUAAUUGUCAAAUCCUGUGGAAACAUCUUGAUUUUGAUAUGAAUAUUUCAGAGCAGGUUCCAAAUGAAAAUCUAGCUGAAGAUGUGUUUGUUGUGGCUGUUUUGGAAUAGAAAACUUGAACUGCCGAUUACAGUACAUUUUGUGAUAGUUGGUUGAUAAAAAAUACUGGGAGGGUUAUGUCAUGAAACAAGUAGUAAGUAUUUUGUAAAUGUAUCUCUUGUAUCGAUACAGACACCAUGUCCUGCGACUCAUGGUACACAGGUGUGUUUCAUUCUUAUAACUUAAG